AUGGAACCCCUCUUUGAAGUCGGAGAGGUGUUCGUCUGCCUCUUCGAGAAGCAGCACCCAUAUGAAGCAAAAAUGAUUGGAAUGAGAGAAGAGAGAGGUGUUGACCACUACGUCAUCCAUUACAUCGGAUGGCAUAAGCGACAUAAUGAAAUCAUUCCGUUCGGGGAGGAGGAAGGAAAAAUGUUCAAAGGGAACCUAAAGCAGUUUGCCGAGGAGCAUCCGGAAAUCGAGAUCCCAGCGGAUGCACACAAAGGAGCAAAGCGUGGAAGAGCACCAAACCCGAAGAAUUUGGAAGGAGAGACGAGUAUUGAGAAGAAAGAUGAGGGAGGAGAAGAAGAAGAAGUUGAGAAGAAGAAUGAUGAGGAAGAAGUCGAAGAUCGAGUCGAGGACGGAGUAGAAGAGGUAGUAGGACCAGUUGAGAACGUAGUAGAAGAAGAAAAAGUGGAGAAGAAGAAGGAUGAGGAGGUCGAAGAACGAGUCGUGGACACCGUCAAAGAUGUAGGAGGGCCAGAAGAAGAAGUAGAAGUUGUGGAGCAGGUUGAGAAGAAACCUGAGAAGAAAGCUGAAAAGCUGAAAUCAAAGAAAAAAGAAAAAGCGAAUGUCGUUGUGAACGAUCAACCUCCGUCAGUCUUCCCAAAAAGUCCAGUUUGCCUGGAUGCUCUGGAACCGCCUCUCUCCAACACGCUUAGAGAUAUUCUGGUCGAAGACCUGGACUACGUCAACAAAUACUUUGUCACUCGCCUCCCCGUUGGUGUGUCAGUAGAGGAUAUCAUGGUUGAGUACAAGAAGCAUCUUCAAGCCACCAAAAAAAGACAAUUGAAGCAACUCAGGAAUCCGGAUAUUGAGAAAAAGAAGAAAGAAAUCAUUGCGGAGACCGACAAGUUGCUUGCCACUGCUAAUGGCAUUGUCCCUAUCUUCAACGCAGCGCUUGGGUUGUUGAAAACUGGGAUCGUCUACUCGAAAGGAUGUGAAGAAACCGAAAAAUCAUGCAUUGCGAUUAUUUCCAAUGGUGGAUGUUUAAUGGAUUUGGAUCUCCCAGAGUGGAAGCCUCAAAUAAAACUGCAUCGUUUUCCAAAAACCCGAUGGCACGAAGAGAAAAAUGAAAUAAAAAGAACAGAUGUUGUCACCAGCCGUGGCUCGACCCGCAACACUCCACACUACCAACCAGGAGGAAUGGGCAAAAACAUCCUUAAUUUUUCUGAAUAUUUUUAA